UUGGCUCCGGAGUCUGUCAACCAUCUGAAGGUAGUUUUUAUUUCGUGAAAUCGGUAGAAAAAGAAAGGGCCGCUGCUCCGAAGCUCAGCUGACGGGAAGGGGGCUGUGCAGCUGCAAGUUCGAGGGCUAUCGGACCCCAAAAGCAGGGGUGGGUCCUAGCGCCCUGCUCCCCGAGCCACUCUACGCCGAACCAUGGGUACCCAAAAGCCGCGGAUCCUGCCCUGGCUGAAGUCGCAGCUGGACCAGGGGCGGCUGGAGGGGGUGGCCUGGCUGGACAAAAACAGAACGCGCUUCCGCAUCCCUUGGAAGCACGGCUUGCGCCAGGAUGCCCAGCAGGAGGACUUCGGCAUCUUCCAGGCCUGGGCCGAGGCGAGCGGCGCCUACACUCCUGGAAAGGAUAAACCUGAUCUGCCCACCUGGAAGAGGAAUUUCCGGUCGGCCCUGAACCGGAAGGAGGUGUUGCGCUUAGCCGAGGACCGGAGCAAGGACCCCCACGACCCGCACAAGGUCUAUGAGUUUGUGAACUCAGGAGCUGGGGACUUCGCUGAGUUGGACACGUCCCCAGACACCAACAGCAGAUGCAGUACCUCUGACACCCAGGAAGACGGACUGGAGGAGCUACUGAGUGACAUGGCCUUGGCCUCAUUCCCAGAUGAGGGGCCCUUGAGCCUGCCUGUGGUCCCUGAGCAGAGCCCCCCAUUCCUGCUGAGCCCCAGCUUAGACGUCCCUGCCCCCUGCCCAGACUUGCAGCCCCUGGAAAACCCACUGAGGCAGCUGUUGGUGCCUCAGGAAGAGUGGGAGUUCGAGGUGACUGCCUUCUACCGGGGCCGCCAAGUCUUCCAGCAGACUGCCUUCUGCCCGGGGGGCCUGCGGCUGGUGGCGUCAGACGCGGACCAGAUGCUGCCUGGACAGCCAAUAAUCCUGCCGGACCCCGGGGUGUCGCUGACGGACAAGGGCGUGAUGGGCUACGUGAGGCGCGUGCUGAGCUGCCUGGGCGGGGGGCUGGCUCUGUGGAGGGCGGGACAGCGGCUCUGCACCCGGAGGCUGGGGCACUGUCACACAUACUGGGCCUUGGGCGAGGAGCUCCUCCCUGACAGUGGCCACGGGCCCAUCGGCGAGGUCCCCAAGGACGAGGAAGGAGACGUGUUCGACCUGAAGCCCUUCGUGUCAGAACUGGUCGCCUUCAUCGAAGGAAGUGGACACUCACCUCGCUACACCCUCUGGUUCUGCAUUGGGGAGCCGUGGCCCCAGGACCAGCCGUGGGUCAAGAAGCUCGUGAUGGUCAAGGUUGUCCCCACAUGUCUCAGGGCCCUGCUGGAGAUGGCACGGUUGGGAGGCGCCUCCUCCCUGGAGAACACCGUGGACCUGCACAUUUCCAACAGCUACCCACUCUCCCUCACCUCGGACCAGUACAAGGCCUGCCUCCAGGACCUGAUCGAGGACAUGGAUUUCUAGGUCACUGGGGAGAUCUGACCCCUGACUCAUGGAUGCUGGCCCCUUGUGCCUUCACCGUAGCCAAUAAACUGUUUCUUACCA